UCAAGAUGGCAGCGCCCUUGCGACAAACCAGCUACACUUUAAAAAAUAGUGUUUUUUUACUGCUUUAUCGUGUUCAUGGGGUAUUCUUCAUAAGAAACAAGAGCAUUGAAGUGUCUCCUAUGAUGAAGAAAAUAAUGAACAAAGGAAAUAGGAAAAAGACUGUAGCAUGGUCAGUGCCUUUCAAUCCAGAGGCCCAGGGAACAACUGUCAAAACCGGUGCUAAGAGCAAGAUACGGUACUCGGACGGGGUGAUACGUCGAACCAACUGGGUGGGCAAUGUGCUUGAAGAUACCAUCCUGCAGAUAUUCGCCAAUGGGGAGAUGGAUGUAUUUGUAAACAUAAUCAAGGUUGAAGUUGUUCCAAGCUACUCUGCACUGAAGGUUUGGUGGGAGGCGAGCGGAGUGCAGGAAAAAGACAAACAAACUCAACAGCUCCUUGAAACACAGGCUGGCAAACUCAGGCACUUGUUACUUCAGUCUCAGGUGUGUGGGCAAGUGCCUCCGGUCGUGUUCAUGAGGGAUAUCAGCGCAGCUCGCCAGAAGCAAAUAGAGGAGCUACUUCAUAACCUUGACACGGGGCCUCCAGAUACGGAAACAGAGCUGGAUGAGACAGAGCAAGACAAGCUUGAACAGCAGGAAGAUUGGAAAAGGAAACAAGCAUGGAAAUCUACUGGGCAUAGUAGUGAUUUGGUGGUGAAACCAGGUGAAACUGAUGUUGAAAGAAUUGAGUUUAAGGACAAAUUGUUUGAUAAUCAUGAAGUUGAUAGUAAUAUAUGUGAAGGUGUAUCAUACAGUUUUGAUCAAGAAUUGAGUGUUGAAGAGAAAGGGGUGGAAGGAAAUGAUUCAAAAAGAGUAAGAACUAGUGACUUCAAGUUUAGACAAGAUCUGUAUGGGUUACAGCAUGAUUCCCUUAUGAAGAAAGUGCUAGAUAGCAAGUUGGCAAGAAGGCCCCUUGCUGCAGUAGAGGAAAAAGAAACAUUCAAUAUGGACAGAUUGGUUUUCAAGCAAGAUAAGAAAAGAGCCUAUAAGCCUUUUAAAGUAUCAAAAAGAAGAUUAGAAAGAUUAGAAAGGCAGACUUAUGGAUACAAUAAUUAUGAUGAUUAGAAAUGUAAUUUUUGUUCUUUUUUAUGUGUGGUACUUUGCGAAAAUGUUUAGCAAUAAAGUUUCAUGUAUA